AUGCUGAAGCAGUCUGUGGCCUUGCUGAUGACGAGCAUCGGUCUCUCCAGGCUGUCGCUCAGUUGGUUCAAUUCUCCAUCACCAACCUUACCUUCAGAGCCACAAACCGAUUCACACAUCUCACGAGGGCCAAAAGUGCCGGAGUGCAUCGAAUCGUGGGAAACAUACAAGAGCUACCGGCAACAGCGCCAGACCUCCACCGGCUUGACAACCCGGAAGGUCUUGGUCGCGGACCUCCAGCCUCGUGUCGUCUCGUCCCAGCUUGUGGAAGACGAAGACCCCUACCAAACAACGGUGUUCACCGAUCAAUUUCGACUGGAAAUCGACCAGGAAGACAUCCUAGGGCGCGGCGCCAGCGGAUUUGUCUACGGUGGCACUUGGAUUCCCCUGAGCGAUGCAUCCGACCGCCAGCUGGAUCUUUUGGGUCAGCAGGACGUCGCCGUCAAGGUCUCGCACGACCCGUGGCUGCUAUGGGAGGCCCAUAUGAUGAAUCUAGUGCAGGGCAACCACGUAAUUCGGGCCACCGCUACCUUCACGAUCCCUCAGCCCAACGACACCCAGGCACAGGAUGGAGCCGUCUAUGCGAUGGUCAUGCCGCGGUUUCGCGGCAGUCUACAAUCGUGGGCGAACGGACUGCCGCCCGCCAACCGGGCACGACAAACGCUGCCCGUCAUGCUGCAGAUGGUCGAAGCGCUGGUCCAGCUCCACCGACAGGGCUUCGCACAUCAGGACCUGAAGCUCGGAAACAUGGUGUAUGACCGCACACCGACCGGGGAGAUGCGUGUCCUAAUCUCAGACCUGGAUCGCGUCACUCGUUCGCGUUAUGUUCGCGGCAGCGCGGGGACGCUGGGGUAUCUUUCGCAGGAGAUUCUGCUGGGAAAGACCUUUGAUCCGAUGAGUUCUGAUGUGUUCGCUAUGGGAAUGGCUCUGCUUCACUUGGCUUUCGAUAGCAUGUCUGGUCAAGACUUUCGUAUGCUGGUGUGGAGAACUGUGGUCGACGCUGCCAAGCCAUCCAAGGUCAAACAAGCUUUGGUAGACUUGUUCGGUAGUGAUGUGAAUGAGCUUCCGCUAGACCUGUUUGCAAGAGCGUUAUGCGAGCAAGAGGGGCAUGACGAUGGGGAGUGGAAGCGUCGUAUAACGUCAGAGGAGCUUUUGACGGAGCUAAGAGCGAUGAUAGACGGGGGACUGUGGUGA